CGACGUGCUCCAGAGGGUGGCAUCUGACGCUAUUUUGGUUCAACACAGGGGGAUUUUGCCGUUGUAAAUUAAAUGAACAUUUGAGCCAUCAUGUCGAUUAGUAGGCUCAGUGGCAUAUUAGUGUUCGUAAGUUGACCACUGUUUCCUGGACACAAGUUGGACAGACUGCAUUAUCAAGGAGCGAAAGGAUGGUGCGGGUGGUGUUUCUCCACCCAGACCUGGGUAUAGGUGGUGCAGAGAGGCUGGUGGUGGAUGCAGCUGUAGCUCUACGCUCUCGCGGCUGCAGUGUUCAGAUCUGGACGGCCCACCAUGAUCCCACACACUGCUUCUCAGAGACACUGGACCCAGACCUGAACGUGGUGUGUGUGGGUGACUGGUUGCCCACCAGUGUGUUUGGGUACCUGCAUGCCCUGUGUGCCUACCUCAGGAUGAUCUACGUAGCUCUCUACCUGGUCUUCCUCAGCGGAGUAGAGUACGACGUGGUCUUCUGUGAUCAGGUGUCGGUGUGUAUCCCAGUCCUGAGGUUGUCUCGUCAGAGGAAAAAGGUUCUGUUCUACUGUCAUUUCCCAGACCAGCUCCUGACCCAGAGAGGCUCAGCUCUGAAAAAGCUCUACCGUGCCCCCAUAGACAGACUGGAGGAACUCACCACUGGCAUGGCUGAUAUGGUGCUGGUGAAUAGUUGUUUCACCGCAGUGGUCUUUAGGGAGACCUUCCGUUCCCUGGAUGGGGUCCAGACUGACGUCCUCUAUCCCUCCCUCAACACACACAGCUUUGACAGGCCCCCUGAGGAGCAGCUAGAGCAGGGUCUGGGGGGCUUAAUCCCUGAAGGUGUGUCCUGCCUCUUCCUGUCUCUGAACCGCUAUGAGAGGAAGAAGAGCCUGGGUCUGGCCCUGGAGGGCCUCUCUUCCCUGAAGACCCGCCUCGCCACAGGGGACCAGGCAGGAAUCCACCUGGUGGUGGCAGGGGGGUACGACGGCCGUGUUGCUGAGAAUGUCCAGCACUACGCUGAGCUGAAGGAGCUAGCAGCACGGCUGGGAUUGGAGGACUCUGUCACCUUCCUGCGCUCUCCCUCAGACAGCCAGAAGGUGGCGCUGUUGCGGGGCAGUGCAUGCGUUCUCUACACGCCCAGCAGAGAGCACUUUGGGAUAGUGCCAGUGGAGGCCAUGUACUGCUGCUGUCCCGUCAUUGCUGUGAGGUCUGGAGGGCCUCUGGAGAGUGUAGGUGACGGGGAGACGGGCUUCCUGUGUGAGCCCACGGCUGAGGCCUUCUCCCUGGCCAUGGAGAAGCUGUUCAGAGACCCCCAGCUCCGCAAGGACAUGGGCCAGGCCGGCAGGAGGCGGGUUCAGGAGAAGUUCUCCCUGGAGGCCUUCUCAGACCAACUGCACGGGUACAUCCUUAGACUGACCCAGUGACACCUCUGCUGGAGCAGUAACUGGGCUGGGGUGCGUUAGCGGAGCAGCUUUCGGUAGAAGUCACCCUUAGACACAUCUAGAUCAGUUUACCUUCUCUCAAUCCCUGCCUAAAUCCUAACCAAAGAAUGGAGAACUGACCUGAGAUCAGCAUCUCAUUGGUGCAUUUUCAUCCUACUGCAACUAUAGCCAGGUAGAGGUGGAUGGGCUAAAUAUGUAGGGAUAAAAUACGGUUACUGAGGACUGGAGGACAGACUGGGGAGGGAGGGGAGGGGGGUAAUGUAGAGGGACGCUGACUGAGGAGGACUCUAGACAAUUAGUCAUUGUUCCUCCAGGAGGGGUUGCUGAGGACUGGAGGACAGACUGGGGAGGAGGAGGGGGGGGUAAUGUAGAGGGACGCUGACUGAGGAGGACUCUAGACAAUUAGUCAUUGUUCCUCAGGAGGGGUUGCUGAGGACUGGAGGACAGACUGGGGAGGGGGGUAAUGUAGAGGGAUGCUGACUGAGGAGGACUCUAGACAAUUAGUCAUUGUUCCUCCAGGAGGGGUUACUGAGGACUGGAGGACAGACUGGGGAGGGGUUAAUGUAGAGGGACGCUGACUGAGGAGGACUCUAGACAAUUAGUCAUUGUUCCUCCAGGAGGGGUUACUGAGGACUGGAGGACAGACUGGGGAGGGGGGGUUAAUGUAGAGGUACGCUGACUGAGGAGGACUCUAGACAAUUAGUCAUUGUUCCCUCAGGAGGGGUUGCUGAGGACUGGAGGACAGACUGGGGAGGGGGGGGGGGGUAAUGUAGAGGGACGCUGACUGAGGAGGACUCUAGACAAUUAGUCAUUGUUCCCCCAGGAGGGGUUGCUGAGGACUGGAGGACAGACUGGGGAGGGGGGGUUAUGUAGAGGGACGCUGACUGAGGAGGACUCUAGACAAUUAGUCAUUGUUCCUCCAGGAGGGGUUGCUGAGGGAAUGGAGGGAUGGAAUCUCAGCUCCAAUUAACAAAAGAGUAAGGACUUUACCCAUACUGCCCCGGGGCCUCUCGUAACAAUACCAGCAUCGGCCCUUGGUUCCAGAAGUGUGUGUGUGAGGGGGUGACCAAGGGCUUAAUGAACAAGAGCUACAAAACCACUAGGAUGGAUCUGUAGUGUGAUAGACGUGCUGCUGUGUGUUUGCGCAUGCCACCGAGCGCCAUUAGCCAGUUGGCAGCCACAGAUCGAUAAGCAGGAUGUUUGCCACUUCCUCUGCCCUUUCAGACCUUGGUUACUUUUCACAAUGAGGGAAUGUUUGGCCUGUACAUUGCUGUUGCUGUCGGUCUCUGGGUUAUUAGGAGAUGAUGCUGUGUGUUGGUCAUUAUGUGUGUGUGUGUGUAGUAUAGAAGGUCAUGUUGUCUGCUGGUCAGUCUGUGUUACUAAUCUCUAGAAGAGCUCUUAUUGACAUUCCUCAAGUCUUAAUAAAACAGUCAGAGGACACAUAUCUGGUUUACCAA